GGUCCUCCCGGCCCACCUGGCCCCCCUGGUCCUCCCGGCCCCCCCAGCGGCGGCUUCGACUUCAGCUUCCUGCCCCAGCCGCCCCAGGAGAAGGCUCACGACGGUGGACGCUACUACCGAGCCGACGACGCCAACGUGAUGCGCGACCGGGACCUGGAGGUCGACACCACCCUGAAGAGCCUGAGCCAGCAGAUCGAGAACAUCCGCAGCCCCGAGGGCACCCGCAAAAACCCUGCCCGUACCUGCCGCGACCUGAAGAUGUGCCACGGCGACUGGAAGAGUGGUGAAUACUGGAUCGACCCCAACCAAGGCUGCAACCUGGACGCCAUCAAGGUCUACUGUAACAUGGAGACAGGCGAGACGUGCGUCUACCCCACCCAGGCCACCAUUGCCCAGAAGAACUGGUACCUCAGCAAGAACCCCAAGGAGAAGAAGCACAUCUGGUUCGGCGAGACGAUGAGCGAUGGCUUCCAGUUCGAGUAUGGUGGUGAGGGCUCCAACCCAGCCGACGUCGCCAUCCAGCUGACCUUCCUCCGCCUGAUGUCCACCGAGGCCGCCCAGAACAUCACACUGCAAGACAAGAACAGCGUCGCCUACAUGGACCAGGACACCGGCAACCUGAAGAAGGCCCUUCCGCUGGAGCUGCGGGCGGAGGCAACCAGCCGCUUCACCUACGGCGUCACCGAGGACGGCUGCACGAGUCACACCGGCGCUUGGGGCAAGACAGUCAUCGAGUACAAGACGACGAAGACCUCUCGCCUGCCCAUCAUCGAUUUGGCUCCCAUGGACGUUGGCGCUCCAGAUCAGGAAUUCGGCAUCGACAUCGGCCCCGUCUGCUUCUUGUAAACCGGACGCCCC